CUCUCUCUCUCUCUCUCUCUCAUCGACCGCACUCCACCGUCCAUCCGCCUCUCUCUCUCACGACAGUCACUCGUUCAUCAGGCGCCCGACAACUUCCUCUCGCUCUCCCAUCGCUCUCCCACGACAUCGUCCAUCGAGCCGCUCACAUCCGCCAUCGAAACCACCGUAAGAAUGUUCGUCAAAUCCAUCCUCGUCGGCGCGCUCGCUGCUCUGGCCGCUGCUCAAUCGUCUGUCAUUAGCUUCACAAAUUCCCUGCCGAGCCCCGCCGAAGCAGGCAAGCCCUUCACUUUGACAUACACCACCACGGGAUCUGGACCCGUCUCUAUUAUCCUGCGCAAAGGGAACCCCAACGACCUUCAAACUGUGGCCACCCUGACCUCCGAUGCGACUGGUGGAUCAUACCAAUGGACCCCAGCUACUGACCUCGCGUCUGGCACCGAUUACGCUCUCCAAAUCCAGCAAGGCAGUGAGAUCAACUACUUGGGUCCAUUUCCCCUCACCGGUGGCAGUGCCAGUGGUGGUGGCUCUAGCAGCAGCAGCAGCAUGUCCACUCCUAUGGCACCACCGAGCUAUGGUCCCAUGACUACCAUGACGAGCUCCACCGAGAUGACCUCUAUGAUGAUGACCUCCACAGCUGCAUCCAACUCCACAUCCUCGUUCACGACCACUGCAAUGAUGCCAGUUGGCACCGGAAAUGCUACCAUGACGCGCAACGCUACCAUGAGCAUGGCCACUCUUACGAAAUCUGCUGGUCCACACGCCACCAACGGCGGUGGUGCUGGUUACCAAGGCACUUCGACCGGACCUAAUGCUGCACAGAGCACUGGUGGUGCUUCGACGCUCAUGGUUGGCGGCAGUGCCAUCGCCAUUGUGUUCGGAGCGGUAGCCGCUGUUGUGAUGGGUUAGAGACGAUUACACCACAAGCCUACUGGGGAUGCUUGUAGUAAAAUGCGUAAUAUGUAUAUGUGCUACGGCGUUUUUGAUAUGCUAAAAGCGAUAAUGCAUACCGUUUGGGAAUUGUUCAAUGAUAUCACGUUUGGUCCAAUCAGCAUUUCUCU